UAGCUAACAUUACGUAACCUUCCUAAACCCAGUAACGUUAUCAGCUGGUUAUAGCGUACUGUAGCUAGCUAACGUUAGCUGUCAACAAGUCAGGGGAAGCUUGGGAGAGCACAAAAAUACCUGAUAUUCUUUAGCUUUACAGACACCCUUGCCAUAAUUCAGUUCUCUAUUUUAGUAAUUGACGGUAUAAAAGAAAUUUCCACCAUGGCUGAUGUAAGUAUCAAUUCUUUGAGCACAAUCACUAAUUAGCUAUAUCCAUCUAGCCAGAUGAAACUAUAGCUAGCUACACUCGUGUAGCAAAUGGCUUUGGUCUAACACAUUGACACAUUUGUUGCAGGACUUGAAGAGAUACUUGUACAAACAGCUACCAAGGUAUGUUGGUUGUAUGAUUAUGGUGUGUUCACUGUGAUGCUUCUGUUGCUGAAACCUAAUGAGUUAAUUUGACUUAACGAAUUAUGUCACGUGUAGCAGAGUAAACUCCACAGUGAAGGAUGUUUCUCAACUCCACCAACCCAGUGGAGCAGACUAGGCUUUGUGCAAUUCAGCUCCAACUACAUUGAUUUGCCCAAGGCCAAUACUUAAAUAAUGAAAUGUUUACCUUGUAUUUUUGUUUGUCCUCUGUUGCCUCUUUCUUUGAAAUCCAUAUUUUUCAAGAAAUGUUGAUCAAAUACAGCCACCGACUUUGCAAAUGCACAUGUGCCAACAAGGAAACAGUUGGUGGUUGUAUUUUUUAAGUAUGGAGAACAAACAUAGGUACAAGGUAAGUGUUUCAUAAUUUACAUUUUAAGUAUUGUGCUUGGGUGACUCAAUGUAGUCUGAGCUUAAUUCUAUAAAGCCUAGUCUCUGCUCCACUCCGUUGGAGUUCAGAAAUGUCCCUCACCAUGGACUGGUUAAGUUGGCUAUGUCAAAUGCUGCUCUUUUUCUCCUUAUCCACCAGUGUUGAGGGUCUUCAUGCAAUUGUAGUGACAGACAGGGAUGGUGUCCCAGUUAUCAAAGUGGCAAAUGAUAACGCACCAGAAUAUGCGCUACGGCCAGGCUUCCUCUCCACCUUUGCAUUGGCCACUGACCAGGGCAGUAAGCUAGGGCUCUCCAAAAACAAGAGCAUCAUCUGCUACUAUAACACAUACCAGAUUGUGCAGUUUAACCGGCUGCCGUUGGUGAUCAGUUUCAUCGCAAGCAGCACUGCUAACACAGGUUUGAUCAUCAAUCUGGAGAAGGAGCUCGUACCGCUAAUUGAAGAGCUACGGCAGGUAGUGGAGGUUGCUUAGGAGUGUUACCUUGACGACAAAAGGACUGUUCUAUGACAGAAUCAGAAGUUUCCUUUUUCAUGAUCACUCAUGUACAUGCACCCUCACACAAGGUUGGCUCUGUUGCAGAGAGACUGAUACAUGUUUGAUAGUGUCUUGAUUCUGUAUUCUUUGUCCUUCAUGUUCUAAUACUUUAAUGUUACCCCUUCCUUGCUUGUGUUUUUUGUAAUUAAUCUGACUCAUGUAGACAUUUUCUUAAAAUAAAUAUUAACAGAAGUCACCC